AUGGGAUCGACGCCUUCCUCUCCGGGGAACUCCCCCGCUUCCUUGCAUCCAGCGCAUCCUCUGUUGGCGGUUGUUUCGCCGAUUACUUCCAGAGCGGCAGCCGGAGAGGCUUUGGAGACAAGAUGCCCGUUGUGGCGAAGGCUGCUGCAGCUGAAUCCAGCCUACUUGCCUGAAGGGGCAGCCACGUGCGUGUGGCAGUAUCUCUUGCUGCCGCUGCUGCAGACGAAUGAGCGCACCGGCAAUGUAAAGGCCCUGCUGCUCUUUUUCGCGCAUCAUUUCAGGGAAUAUGCUGCUGCCUGCUGCUCGGUUUACGCCGCCGCAGACCCCUCUUACACUCCCCCGCUGCUUCUUUCGCGCCAGCAGUCUCCAGAAUGCCCCCUUACGUGCAGAGCCACUGAAGAAAGCCGCUCAUCCGUAGACGCCAAGGGUGUCGCAGCGCUAGCAACCCUCUGUCACCUCGUCAUAGAGGCGCUCUCUGCGCGCUUUACCGUGACGCAGCUUCUCCUGGCAGCCGAGUAUGCCCCCGCUGCUGCGGAGGCAGAUGCAGCGAGACAAACGACGAAGACUCACGAGGCCAAAAAGACUCACGAGGCCGAAUUCGCAGGCUCAACACCCCCUGCAUCACCAUCCCGUGCGCCUUCACGCGCUGCUGUGUGUGUUGAAGAUGAGCGUGCCGGCGCGCUGAUGGAGAGCCCCUCUUCCAGCGCAUUUCCAGCUGCUAUUCUUGCCAAGGAAGGCUGCCCUCCCUCCUCGACGCCUCAUAACCCCCCGAAACACAGCAGUCUUCUGCAAGUCGACGUUGUCUACAGGAGCCACGUGUUUCGCGUGCCUGUGAAAGGUUGCGGCGUGGAACUGUACGAAGCCUUGCUAGGGGCCCUGCGCAGACUCUACCCGAAAGAUGCAGCAGCAGCAGCGGCUCGAGGCUUGCUGUUUGCGGUGCCGCCGCAGACUCCGCUAGAAGAGAAGCUGCUGUCUUGCGACGAGCUCGCAGCUCCAGAGAACGUGCAGAAGCUCCUGCAGCAACAACGGCAAGGCCAGUACGCAUACUCCCUCGAGCAGCAAACGGAGGGGGGCACAACACGUGGCAGUACACCCGAGGCAUCCCCUUCUGCCCCUUCAGCGACAGAGGCUCCGAGGCGGCUUUCAACAGAAGGCAGCAGCAGAGACGACGGUGAGAUCAAUGUGCUUCGCGUGUAUCUGCUGCCCCUCUGGACUCCCCUGGAUGUGGGAGGAGCUGAAGCAGGCACCCUGAUCUCCAACAGCAGCAGCAGCGACAGCAGCAGCAGCGAAAACAACAGCAGCGAAAACAACAACAGCAGCGAAAACAACAGCAGCAGCAGCAGCGGCAGCAGCAGAAAUAACAGCUAUGAGGGUGGCGUCAAAAACCCCUCGCAGAGAGGCCUUCAGAGCACUCAUAGCUCGUGCCUUUUGACGCUUAUGGAUUCGAUCAUUUCUCUGCUGAUCUUCACGCAGCCGCCAUCCUUCUUCCAGAGUGUGGCUUUUGAGAUGCAGCAGCAGCUGUUGGUGGCUUUACUGCAGCUGCUGGCUUUCGUCUGCCCCCACCAAAUUCUGGCUAAGGCAUGUCCUUUACCGCCUGCCGCGAAGCUUCCUGACGCUCGCGCCUCGGAAGAAGACACUCGAGGACGGGGCGGAUCGAGGCAGCUGGAGCAGAAGGAACGAGAAGCUGCAGAAGCCGCGUCGCCGUGUACUACAGCGCCCUCCUCAGAAAGACACGCGAAGGAUAUUGGACAGGAAGCAAGUGCCGCUGUGACUGCGAAGGCCAGUCGCUGUAAGAUGUGCGAAGGUAGCAAGGGCUGGCUGCCGCCUGUAGCGGAUUCGAGUUUGAGCAGCUUGCUGCCUCCGCUUUCUGACAGGUCUGCGCAUUGCGCGCCUUUCUACUUCCUGUACCAGCAACAGCGGCAGCAGCAGCAGCUCCUUAUUCCCAUGCUGAGCUGCCCAGCAGCAGACAGCCCCUGUCUGUUGCUGCUGGAAGCUCUCAUGGCGGUGUGGGAUGCCUCCGUGGAGAACGCCGAGCAAGCCAAGGAGCUGGCAGCCUAUCUGCUGCGAACGUGGUCAAUUUGCGCUGCUGGCGAGGCGUGGGGAGUGACUCCGGAUGUAGAACUAUGCCGAGUGACGCCUUCUGAAGUCUUGGGAACGUACUGCCUCUUUCUGCUGCUUGCCCUCGCCUUCCAUGUUCCCCCCGCCACUCGCUUGGAAGCCAUCAUGCAAUCUCAAGAGCAACUGUAUGCACUUCAACAGCGUCACGAAGGCGCAUCAAGGGGUUGCCAAGCCCCUCUUAGCAGACUCGAGCCGUUCACAACAAGCUCCGCAGUGACUGAACAGUGGAAGGCUGCACAUCGCUCUCCCAUAGCCACAAACGUGUUCCUUGGCUCCCUCGGCGCGUUGUACGACCCUGCCUACUUUAGAUGCCAGUCAAACGGCGAGUGCCUCGAGAACAUGCAGCCUCCUGAGCUGAGGUUCCCGCCUUUCAAGGAAAUCUGCUUUCGGCAGCUUCUCGUAGGGCUCUCUGGCCCUCUUCUAGCGCGAAGCCUCCACCCCCUGCUGCUCUACGUGCUCCUGUACCGCAACAGAUGCUUCCGGCUGUACUGUCUGUCCACCGAAGAGAGUGAAGCGGUUCUGCUCUCACUUCUAGAGGCUGCACAGGCCCUCCCGACGCAGUGUACCUUCAAGACGCUUCUGCUCGCAAAAGGCCUAAGACGCGAUAUAUCUUACCCCGUGCCUCCUGCCGGUCUGCUGCUUUCUCUCUGCUUGCUGAUGCUUACAAGGGACCAGUCCGCUUGCCGCCACUUCCAUUCGAAGGUUCUGCGAGACGUAUACUGGGAAGGAGGAACGAAGCUGCGAGAGGCCACCCUAGGCUCCUUGCUUAUCCUCGCGCUUCUCCGAUUGAUCGCAUGGCUCGCUGCGGAUCGGCUGUUGGACCUCUUGGCCUCUCUCACGCGCCGCUUGCUAACACGGCUGCCUCUUCCUGCGGCUUUGACAGGGCCUGCAACUGCAACUGGAGCGACUGUGGCGGGCAGUGGCGCUGAUGCCACGGCAUCCUCGAACUUGAGGGAGCCUGGAAGUGAUCUUGAAGGUUGGCUGCUCGUUUUUCGCUCGGUUUUGAUUUUCCUGUGUGCCGCUUUGAGGCCCCCCCGCCUUGCAAACAACAAAGAGCUCCUCUUUGCGCUGAUCCGGCUCCUUCCGACACCUGGAGUGAUCCAGCUGGUGCAGCGAAUGGACUGUGCCCACGCAUACCUGCUACUGCGUCAGCACAAGAGCGAAUCCCCGGAGGGGUGUGCUUGCCCUUCUCUGCAAGCUGUGCCGCCAGAGGAGCCGAUUGCAACUUCAGAAGCAGCGCCAGACUUGUCGGCGGGGGAGUUGAUGCAGGUAGAGCUGCUCUCCCAGCUGCGGCCGUUGCUGGAGCCUCAACUGCGUCUGCUUCUGGCGCUGCGACGGCUGUGCGAAGUGACGCUCGAGCGAAGCGGAAGGGAUGACGAUGGAGAAGACGACGAGGGUGCUGCCAAUGAGCAACUCAUCGAGGACCUCGCAGCACAGCUCUGCUCUUCAGAUGGCGCCAAACCCGUUUGGAGUGGCAGCGAGGAUUGCGUGCAGGAGCAGCUUAAGGCCUACGGGGCACUGAUGCAUGUGAGCCUCAUUCUUCCUACCAUCUCGGGAUGCAAACGCUUGGCUCUGCAGUUCAUUGCGCGAUCCAGACCCCAAGCUUUCCUUCACACCCAAAUCCUUUCCUUCACACCCAAACCCUUUCCUUCACACCCAAACCCUUUCCUUCACACCCAAAUCCUUUCCUUCACACCCAAAUCCUUUCCUUCACACCCAAACCCUUUCCUUCACACCCAAACCCUUUCCUUCACACCCAAUAGAGACACACCACCUAGAGACCGCACGCAUAUUCCGUGGCAACCAAGAGGGGAGUCUGAGACCGACUCCUUGCCGAAAGAGGGUGCCCUUUCAAGGCUCGUGGAGAAUAAAAGUGCUGAAGCGAUUUCGCUCGUUGGGCAUGCCCCUCGCGUGGAAUACAGGGAAAACGCCAAGUCCUCUUGCUAUUUCCAGCCCCUCAUUUGGAAGGCUAUAUACUUGUUGAUGCCAAAGCGCAGCUGCUGGCACUAA